AGUUCCUUGCUCGUUUGCUCGUAUGUCUGCUCACUCGCCUGUUCGUGCGGUCGCGCCGACUCUCCACUUGGUGACGGUAAACGAAGAUGGUGAUGCGGAACGCAGUUUUCGUUUUGCGGCAGUUGGCGGUUUUGCAGUUUAACUUUGGCACUUGCUCGUUACGAAAGGAAUCGGUAUCAUCUUAAAUUUCCAAUUUUUUUUCCAACAUUAGCAAAUUUUGCUUGCUGCUUCCUUAUCGCCUUGGCCUGUUGGCUGGAUUUUCAAAACCAUUGUGCUAGUGUAGUUUGGCUUUUUGCACGCGUGGUGCCUGCUUUCAGACAAUACUUACCGACUGAUGAGACUUGAGCGUGGUGAUUAAAACAAGAAAAAAAAAACGAUAUUUUGUGGUGUAGAUACCUACCAACAACAACAGCAGAUGAAAUACAAAAUGGUACACUUUUCGGUGUUAAGUUUAGUUUUUUUCGCUUUUCGUAGUGUCGAAGUUGUUCCGUUGCGUGCACAGACUUUGUGGUCGGAAAGAAAUUAUAAGACUUGAACAAAACCACACGAUUAAUACAGCUUAUACAUAAACAGCAAUUAUAGCAAAUUGUGUGGAAAAACGGACACAUUAGCUGGGAAAGUUAAUAAUGGUACACAAUUUCUGCCUAAAAACAAAUAAUUUUCGGCGUAAUGGAGCAAAGCCGGUGGUUAUUUAAUUGGCACCCGAAACAUCAUUGCAACCUGAUAACCACAACAACACAACGUAGAGCGACAACAGCAUCGGCGCUGAUACUGACGCUGACGGCAAAUGCAGACGACAUGCCGUUGUCGACAAUUAUGCAGCAACAACCAUAAGGCAUAUUACGAACAUUAGUCAUAGGCCAGCAAAAUACCAAAGAAGGCAACGGCACGGCACGGCACGGCAGAAGAAAAAAAAAACGUCAAACAACCACAUACCUUGAUAAGUAUUAGAAGCGUUAAGCGUAAUUUGGUGAGAAGCAAGGAAGACGACACCGUCGCAAACACAACCCGCUAACAUGUCCGCUUCGCUAAUGCCUUUGUCUGAGUCGCAAAAAGUGGAUGGCAAUGGAGAUGGUGGCGCUCGUGAGUUCGUCGAAGGUUGGACACUUGCGCAAACACUUGGCGAGGGUGCCUACGGCGAAGUGAAAUUGUUGAUUAAUCGUCAAACCGGCGAAGCUGUUGCCAUGAAAAUGGUUGAUCUGAAAAAGCAUCCGGAUGCUAUGCUCUCUGUACGCAAAGAAGUUUGCAUACAAAAAUUGCUACAAGAUAAACACAUUCUGCGCUAUUUCGGCAAGCGUUCGCACGAUGAUGUCGAGUACUUGUUUUUGGAGUAUGCAGCCGGCGGUGAAUUAUUCGACAGAAUUGAACCUGAUGUUGGCAUGGCACAACAUGAAGCCCAAAGAUAUUUCUUGCAGCUGCUUUCCGGCGUACAAUAUUUGCAUCAACAUGGCAUAGCGCAUCGUGACUUGAAGCCGGAAAACCUUUUGCUGGACGAACAUGAUAAUAUUAAAAUAUCGGAUUUCGGCAUGGCGACAAUGUUUAGAUACAAAGGCAAAGAACGCUUACUGGACACCCGCUGCGGCACUUUACCAUAUGUAGCGCCUGAAGUACUUAUAAAACCCUACCACGCACAACCCGCCGAUAUCUGGUCCUGCGGGAUUAUACUGGUCACCAUGCUGGCUGGUGAACUGGCAUGGGAUCAGCCUUCGACAAAUUGCCAAGAGUUCAAAAACUGGACUGAUAAUGAACGCUGGUCAACACAGACGCCUUGGAGCAAAUUGGACACAUUGGCGAUAUCGUUGCUGCGCAAAGUUUUGGCCACAAAUCCUACAUACCGACUGACACUAGAGAAGAUACUCGACCACAAAUGGUGUAACAUGCAAUUCAAUGAGAAUGAACUUUCGCAUGAUCUCGUUGACUCGGCCGCUGCGCUCGACAUACACUCGCCGAAAGCCAAACGCUCACGACAGCAUUCGAGCAAACAUCGUCUCACCAAUCACUUUGUCGAUGACACAAUAUCGCGUAAUUACUGCUCACAACCGAUGCCCACGAUACCGCCAGAUUUUACGGACGGUGGCAGCGCCGCCGAUGGCGCCAAUAACAAUCCCGCCGCCGCACAGGAGGCGCGCUUCAAUUUCUGCUUCUCACAACCUGCCCUACUGGACGAUUUGCUAGUUUGUACGCAAAUGAAUCAAACACAAUCGGCAUCGCAGAAUGUCUUCCAUCGUUUGGUGCGUCGUAUGACGCGCUUCUUUGUCACCACACGUUGGGAUGACACGGUAAAACGUCUGGUCGCGACCAUCGAACGUUUGGGUUUCGCCUGCAAAGUGGGCGAUGGUGGUGUGGUCACCAUAUCAACGAUUGAUCGCCGAAAACUGCGUUUGGUCUUCAAGGCGUACAUUAUCGAGAUGGAUGGCAAAAUUCUGGUCGAUUUCCGUUUGUCCAAAGGUUGUGGUUUAGAGUUUAAGCGUCGCUUUAUUAAAAUUAAAGAAUCACUGGAGGACAUUGUGUUGCGUGGACCGACAACGUGGCCCAUUGCGAUAGCGACAAAUGCUGUGCCUUAAAAAAGUUUGCGUUUUAUAUGUUCGUUCGAAGGCGUUUUGAAGUUGUACAAUGACUGGCAUUUCCAAUGCAAUUUCCAAAUAUAUUAUAUACAUAUAAAUAUGUUUUACACUAUCCAAUCCAAAGUCAAUUUCCUACACAAAAUGUAUACAAAGAAAAUAUGUAUUCUCUAAUUUAGUGUUAUCACUCUUCACAUGUCUGUUUGCAUUAUUAUUGUUUUUGUAUUCACAUAUUCUCAUUGAAUUUUCACAUAUAGUUUUAGUAAUUGACUUAGUUUUGUUUUUGGCUGUAUUAAUUUAUUAGAAAACACAAAUCAG